GAGCGCUGGAGCCCAGACGGGAGACGGAGAGCGACACACACACACAGACUCGCGCGCGCGCGCACUCACCAACUCUCUCUCCCGCACACGCACCGCUCGGAGCCGCGCUCGCCCCCAGGCCACGAGCCUGCGCCCCCCGAACCUCGGCCCGGCCGGAGCCCCUUCCCCACCGGCGCGCGGGGUGGGGGCGGGGCGGCGGCGAGGCCAAGGUAAAGUGGAAUUGCAUGGGAAAAUCAUGGAAGUUGAUUACUCAGUCUCCAAAAAGCUCAGAACAAUUAAGAAUUCCUGAUGUUUUCCUCAAGAGGGAAGUCUGGAAUUGUGUUGGCAACCUCUUAAAAAGUCAAGGCCUCUUUGAGAGGGGCUCGGAGGUAAAUGAGAGCAGGAAAAUUCAGAUUCGAAACAUCCCUCCUCACCUGCAAUGGGAGGUGUUGGAUGGACUUUUGGCUCAGUAUGGGACAGUGGAGAAUGUCGAACAAGUCAACACAGACACAGAAACUGCCGUUGUCAACGUCACAUAUGCAACAAGAGAAGAAGCAAAAACAGCCAUCGAGAAGCUAAGCGGGCAUCAGUUUGAGAACUACUCCUUCAAGAUUUCCUACAUCCCGGAUGAAGAGGUGAGCUCCCCUUCGCCCCCUCAGCGAGCCCAGCGUGGGGACCACUCUUCCCGGGAGCAAGGCCAUGCCCCUGGGGGCUCUUCUCAGGCCAGACAGAUUGAUUUCCCGCUGCGGAUCCUGGUCCCCACCCAGUUUGUUGGUGCCAUCAUCGGAAAGGAGGGCUUGACCAUAAAGAACAUCACUAAGCAGACCCAGUCCCGGGUAGACAUCCAUAGAAAGGAGAACUCCGGGGCUGCAGAGAAGCCUGUCACCAUCCAUGCCACCCCAGAGGGAACCUCUGAAGCGUGCCGCAUGAUUCUCGAAAUCAUGCAGAAAGAGGCUGACGAGACCAAACUAGCUGAAGAGAUUCCUCUGAAGAUCUUGGCCCACAAUGGCUUGGUUGGAAGACUGAUUGGAAAAGAAGGCAGAAAUUUGAAGAAAAUUGAGCACGAGACAGGGACCAAGAUAACAAUCUCAUCCUUGCAGGAUUUGAGCAUAUACAACCCUGAAAGAACCAUCACUGUGAAGGGCACAGUUGAGGCCUGUGCCAAUGCUGAAAUAGAGAUUAUGAAGAAGCUGCGUGAGGCCUUUGAAAAUGAUAUGCUGGCUGUUAAUCAACAAGCCAAUCUGAUCCCGGGGUUGAACCUCAGCGCACUUGGCAUCUUUUCAACAGGACUGUCCAUGCUGCCUCCGCCAGCAGGGCCCCGAGGAGCUCCCCCCGCUCCCCCCUACCACCCUUUCGCUACCCACUCCGGAUACUUCUCCAGCUUGUACCCCCCUCACCAGUUCGGCCCGUUCCCGCAUCAUCACUCAUAUCCAGAGCAGGAGAUUGUGAAUCUCUUCAUCCCAACCCAGGCUGUGGGUGCCAUCAUCGGGAAGAAAGGGGCGCACAUUAAACAGCUGGCCAGAUUCGCCGGGGCCUCCAUCAAGAUUGCCCCAGCAGAAGGCCCAGAUGUCAGUGAAAGGAUGGUCAUCAUCACCGGCCCACCUGAAGCCCAGUUCAAGGCUCAGGGGCGGAUCUUUGGGAAACUGAAAGAAGAAAACUUCUUUAACCCCAAAGAGGAGGUGAAGCUGGAAGCCCACAUCCGAGUGCCCUCCUCUACAGCCGGCCGUGUGAUCGGCAAGGGUGGCAAAACCGUGAAUGAACUGCAGAACUUAACCAGUGCAGAAGUCAUUGUGCCUCGUGACCAAACGCCAGAUGAAAAUGAGGAAGUGAUUGUCCGAAUUAUCGGGCAUUUCUUUGCCAGCCAGACUGCACAGCGCAAGAUCAGGGAAAUUGUACAACAGGUGAAGCAGCAGGAGCAGAAAUAUCCUCAGGGAGUUGCCUCACAGCGCAGCAAGUGAGGCUCCCACAGGCACCAGCAAACAACGGAUGAAUGUAGCCCUUCCAACACCUGACAGAAUGAGACCAAACACAGCCAGCCAGAUCGGGAGCAAACCAAAGACCAUCCUGAGGAAUGAGAAGUCUGCGGAGGCGCCAGGGGCUCUGCAGAGGCCCUGAGAAUCCGGGGGGCCAGGGAGGAGGCGGGAGGGCAGCCGUGCCGGGGCCCGGCCUCCCAGCUCCCCCAGGGCCUCUGCAGGCUUCCCAGCCAUCCACUUCACCAUCCACUCGGGUCUCUCCUAACCCCACCACGCUAUCCCUUCUAGUUGAACUAACAUAGGUGAACGCGUUCAAAUCAAAGCAAAAUUCACACCCUUUUCUUUUUGCGGAAAAUUGUCUCUGUACAUGUAUGUACAUAUUAGAAGGGAAAGAUGUUAAGAUAUGUGGCCUGUGGGUUACACAGGGUGCCUGCGGCGUUAAUAUAUUUUAGAAAUAAUAUAUCAAAUAACUCAACUAACUCCAAUUUUUAAUCAGUUAUUCUUUUUUCUUUUUAAAGAGAAAGCAGGCUUUUCUAGACUUUAAAGAAUAAAGUCGUGCUUUGGGAGGUCUAACGGUUUAGUAAGGAGCUUCAAGGCCACCCACACAAAAUUCACCCGGAGGGAAAUCUCGUCGAAAGGACACUCACAGCAGUUCUGGAUCACCUGUGUAUGUCAACAGAAGGGAUACCGUCUCUCUGAAGAGGAAACUCUGUCUCUCUUCAUCCCUGUCUAGCUCACACACCCAUUUCUCUUUGCUUCACAGGUUUUAAACUGGUUUUUGCAUACUGCUAUAUAAUUCUCUGUCUCUCUCUGUUUAUCUCUCCCCUACCCCCUCUCCCUCCCCAUCCUCUCCAUCCCCAUUCUUGUUAAUUCCCUCAUCCCUCUGUCUCAAUUCCCAUAUCUACGCACCCCCCAGGCAAAGCAGUGCUCUGAGUAUCACAUCACACAAAGGAACAAAAGCGAAACACACAAACCAGCCUCAACUUACACUUGGUUACUCAAAAGAACAAGAGUCAAUGGUACUUGUCCUAGCAUUUUGGAAGAGGAAAAACAGUAACCCAUCAUCAAACCAAACAAACAAAGAAAAAUUCCACAAAGAAAGAAUGUAUUUUGUCUUUUUACAUUUUGGUGUAUAAGCCAUCAAUAUUCAGCAAAAUGAUUUCUUUCUUUAAAAAAAAAAUAUGGAGGAAAAUAGCAAUUUACACGAGGUCGUUGGCCCAGGGCGUUAAAUUUACAGAUUUUUUUAACGAGAAAAACACACAAAAAAAAGCUACCUCAGGUGUUUUUUACCUCAGCACCUUGCUCUUGUGUUUCCCUUAGAGAUUUUGUAAAACUGAUAGUUGGAGCAUUUUUUUAUUUUUUUAAUAAAAAUGAGUUGGAAAAAAAUAAGAUAUCAACUGCCAGCCUGGAGAAGGUAACAGUCCAAGUGUGCAACAACUGUUCUGAAUUGUCUUCCGCUAGCCAAGAACCUAUAUGGCCUUCUUUUGGACAAACCUUGAAAAUGUUUAUUUAAAAAAAAAAGUGACAAAGAAAAACAGAGAGAGAGAAUAUUGGAGAUGUCCUGAAUUUCAAUAGGGUACGCGCCAUUAGGGCUUUUUGCGCUAAAGGAUGAACAUGUACUGGUUUAUGUGAACAAGCCAUUUUACCACCAGACUGCAAUGCCAGUUUCCUCUACUGCAAACAGUGUUCUGUGACAAAAACAAAAACAAACAAACAAAAAGAAAUAUAUCCAGCUAACAAGAUCCUGGUGUCUUGGUCUCUUAUUUACUAAGUAAGUAUCGCCCAUCCCAAAGUGUCAGCUGAAUUCCACCUCUGAGGGGACUUCAGGGAAAUGGGUGGCAUAUACCGUCAGGACUGGGAAGCUACACUGAGGAGGCUGGCUUCUCCAGGCAGGUCUUUGGGAGAAGCUAAACUAGGUCAGUGGUGCUCAGACUGUGCUCCUCAGACCAGCAGCAGCAGUAUCACCUGGGAACGUGUUAGAAAUGCAGGUUCUCAGGGUCCACCUUGGGACAGAAAUUCUAAGGGUGGAGGGUGGGCUUGAGCAGUCUCCGUCAGUGAGCCCUCGGGGUGAUUCCGAUGUAUGCUGAGGUUUGAGAACCACAGAACUAGAGGGCUGGAUACUGACUGCACAGUAACUAGGUAAGGUCAUCCCCUAUCUUAAGAAACUUUAAGCCUGGCCAGGGAAAGAGCUUAUUUUUAUGUGGGGGGAAGGAAGAGGCUAAUAUGCCUGACAAUUUAAGGGAAGAGGUACUUCCUUCACCCCUCUCCAGAAGCCAAAUUUUAAGUAUGUCAGGAGAUGUGGUGAGUAGGCCUGGACAUCCCUUCUAUCCUGGUUAGUUGCCCUCCAACUUUGCCUCAAGACAAUCUCGUUUUCUCCAACAUGGAGCUAUGGAAAGGAAGAGGUUGUUUGCAAAUUGGAAGAGGAUUCCAGCAUAGAGGGAGAACUUAAAAACAUGAGAAAAAGGAUGGAUAGAAUAGAAAUUUGGAGAAAAGAGGAAAUGACUUCUAAGGGAAGCAGGGGAAAAUUGGUAACCUGGCAUCAGCUAGGAUGUGAAUGACUCGGUGACUGAGUAGACAGAGAUGGGAUAAGGACUUAUGGAGUAUGAAAGCAUUUGGCCUAGUCUUAUUCCUGCAUCCCUGGGGAAGGACAUGGGCAACAGAGGCAUCCCCAUGUGAACGAUGAUGAGAGAAGCCCGCAACUGUAGAAAUUCAGAGACCAGCCUAAAUUGUACAUGCAUCCAAAUCUUUCACUGUCUUAAAGCCUAAUGGAGAUAUCUUUGACCUGCUACUGCUAAUGUCUAAUACCACUGCUAGCAAACCCCCUGAUGUUUACUGUCAAUUGUUGCCGCCUUUUAUUUCCUCUCUACAUUCCCCUUAAGGUGCUGGUGAAUUAAAAUUUGAGACUUA